CUCGGACCCCUAACAACCACCUUCGUCGCACCCAGCCACUGCUCGCGCAACGCCCUCGCCUGCCCAACGUGCACCAACGCGAUACGCGGCCAGUCGUGCCGCGUGAAUGGCGCCACCGUAACCGCCGAAGACGACACAGGGUGCUGGCCGCGCGCGACCGCCUACCCAGACAACGGUCAGGGACCCGGCAAAGCGCCGCUGUUCGGAAUGGGCUUCUACUCACCAGGCAUCGCGUGCCCUACGGGCUUCACCAGCGCGUGUACGGCGGUCUCGCAGACGGAUGGCCAGAGCAGUGAGGCUGCGCCGCAGGUGACGGGACGAUUCCAGUGGCCGCUUGUGGCGGGCGAGACGGCAGUCGGGUGCUGUCCGACGGGAUAUUCGUGUGCGAUUGAUGGCGGGGUGCAGACGUGCCAUCUGGAGGUGACGAGCACGCAGUUCGACGCUAUGACGUGCAAUGGAGUGACGGAGGGGGAUCUUAACGGGUUCAAGGUGCCGUUUACGAGCGGUACGCAGACGGUCGGGACGAUGCAUUUGUUCGCCCCGCUCAUCCAGAUCAACCACCAAGCGACGGAUCUCCCGGAGGAAGUUGGGGCGGAGGAUGAGACAUCGGCGGCGGCAAGUGCUACAUCUCUGCUGACCAUGUCGUUGGAGCCGUCAUCGACACCUGCGGACCGAUUUGCGAUACCUACUCUUUCCUCGGAUAUUUUACCAGAGCGCCCAGAUUCGAUCGGCGACGACGACCACCGUCUCCCGACGGGCACUAAGAUUGGUAUCGCGUGUGCUCCCCUCAUGGGCGCUGCCAUCAUCCUCGGCAUCAUGGCCUACUUCAAAUGGAAGAAGCGC